UUCAAGUCGACAACAAUAACAUCCCUUGCUGUAUUUUUAUCCUUCCCGUCACUUAAAUUUUAAGUUAUUCGACAUUUUAAGGACUAAUGGGAGGCAAAAAGUGAAGAGAAGAUAUUAAUGGUUGUGAAGAGUGGCUGUUAAGAUACAUUUAUUGUGUGGCCGCCAUGGGGAUAGCACGGUGCCUUGGCUGUUUAGCCCUUCAUCAUAACUCAGCCAUUGGUCCACACGGGCACAUGGCAGUGUCUGCAAUGGGACAUCAUGCUAAUAUUAUACAGCAAUUCAGAUUAGGUAUUGGUAGACGUUGGCUAUCGUCCAUCUCCUGGAUUCCACCGGAAGGACAUGACACUGGUGUUACUUUGUAUAACAGUGCCAUUAAGUCAAAGGUGCCAUUAAAGACUAUACAUCCUGGCCUGCUAACUUGGUAUUCCUGUGGCCCAACUGUAUAUGAUUCUGCACAUAUUGGUCAUGCUUUGUCUUAUGUAAAGUUUGAUAUUAUACGAAGAAUCCUAUCAAGAAUCUUUGGUCUCAAUGUUGUGAUGGUGGUCGGUAUCACAGAUAUUGAUGACAAAAUAAUUAAAAGGGCAAAAGAACUUAAUGUCAACUUCAAGGAGAUUACUGAAUUACAUGAGCAGGAGUUUUUUGCGGACAUGGAUCGCCUACGAGUGCUUCGCCCUUCGCUGGCACCCAGAGUGACAGAAUAUGUUCCUCACAUUAUUUCCUUUGUCCAGGGCAUCAUUGAUAGAAAACUGGCGUAUGCUGUUAAUGACGGGUCAGUGUACUUUGAUACUAAAGCAUAUGGUCGUUAUGGGAAAAUGUCUCCAUUGGAUGAGUCGUUGGACAUGCGUGGAGCUGGUAUAAAGAAAUCAGCUCGAGACUUUGCUCUCUGGAAGGGAGCCAAGGGUGGCGAGCCAUCUUGGGACUCUCCCUGGGGUCGUGGUAGACCUGGAUGGCAUAUUGAAUGCUCUGCAAUGGCUAGUCAUAUAUUGGGUACACAACUGGACUUGCACUCUGGAGGGAUUGACUUACUUUUUCCUCACCAUGAAAAUGAGGAAGCACAGUGCUGUGGUUACCAUGGCUGUCAUCAGUGGUGUAAUUACUGGAUACACACUGGCCACCUUCAUACUAAAGGAACAGAGAAGAUGUCGAAGUCAUUAUCAAAUACAAUAGGCAUUCAGGCGCUACUUGAACAACAUUCAGUCAAUACCUUUCGGCUUUUCUGCCUCCUCUCACACUAUCGCAAUAAGGUGGAAUAUACUCAGAUGUCCAUGGCUCAAGCAAAGGCGCACCUGAGGCGGAUACGCUCCUUUCUUCAUGAUGCUUAUGCGUAUAUCAAUGGCCAGUUGAAAUGUGCACCACUUGAUGAAGCAGGGCUGAAGCAGAAACUGGUUGAAACUCGAUUUAAGGUGAAAAGAUCACUAGCAGAUGAUUUUGAUACAGUGCGAGCACUGGAUGCAGUACUUGAUCUAAUAAACCUUGGCAAUAAGGAACUCCAAAAAAAGCCACAGAGUACCAGUCUGUCAAGAAGUGCAGGAACAAUGGUAGCUGUGUGUAGUUAUAUCCACUACCUAAUGGAGGAUGUGUUUGGUAUUCAUUUUCCCAGUGUGAGUGAUGCAUCUAAUUUGUCUUUAGAAUCCGGAGGUCGCUUGUCUCAGGUAAUGAACUCUGUGGUUGAUCUACGGCAACAAGUGAGAGCUUUCGCACUUUUACAGGACGAAGACUCCAUGAAGCAAGUACUGACCCCUGACGAGAAGAAAGCUAAGAGGAAGGAACGUAUCCCUCUUUUGAAAGCCUGUGAUAAUCUUAGAGAUAAUUUAUUGAAAUCUGGCUUACAUAUUAAGGAUCAUCAUGGCAGCACAUCAUGGUCUAUUGCUGAGGAAUCUGUUGGAAGUGAUCAACUGAAGGAAGACAAGGAAUCAUAACUUUAGUUAUUAAAUUUUUCUUUAAUGUAAAUAAAACAUUCCUGAGAGAUUUAGGCAAUGAUGGUAGAAAGAGCAACUGUACUUUAGCAGCUAAGUAAUCUAAAUUUAGUGUACAGUAUUUUGAUUUAAUGGAAUUUAUACCUCACGUUGCUUUUAAUUCUCUUUGGUAAAGAUUUUUUUUCAUAUUUUGAAAAGUGGCAGACCAGAGGGAGGAUGGGUGUAGCACACUUUUUAGGUUCUGUUUUUUUUUCCCAUAUUAGUGUCUUUCUCAAGUGUUUGGCAAGACCAAGAAAUUAACAUUUUGGUUCUCAGGACAGUAUAAAUCAUACCCCUUAGUGAAGCACAGUGCCUUGAUGCUGUAGAGGAGCUCUUUAUCCAAGGAAGUGAACCUAUCUUCUCUGAAUCAAACUUAAUUGUCCCCUAUUCACUGAAUGACCCCUCCUAUGGUUUCAGUACUUCUCUCAUAUAUAGCAACUGGUGUUAAUAUUAGUCAAACCAUUCAGGAUCUGUGGACAAAUAUAAAGUGCUUCUUCCAAUUACAGCGAACAUCAUUAUUCAUAAAAUUGCUAUUUAUUGAGGAAGUAACACUAUAUUAGUGGUGCCUUGUUUAGGCCUAAUUAGAGCCUUUCAGGAGCACUUGAAAUUGUUAAGUCUCUAUCCAGUAGGGAAGCACUUCAUCCUACAUAAGUAAACAAGUAAAAAGCCCUAGCUCCUUCCCAAGGGAAAUGAAAAGUUGAGAUAUAAAGCAUUGUUGUACUAGGCCUAGGAAAGGUUAGUUUGCAGUUGCUCGUAAGUAGUAAUAUUGACCGUUUAGUCACAUUCAGUCAUGACAAAAAACUGAAAGUUACAAUGAAAGUCAUAAAAAAUAAAAAUAAAAAAAUGUCGUAGAAUAUGCCAAUCUAUAACUUAUUAAAAUCACCUUGUAACCCCCCCCCCCCCCAUUAUAGAGUUGCUUGUAUGACAGAGGGUUCAAGAAUAAAAAUCAUAGUACCAUGGCUGGAAGUUGCACUUGAAAGAGAAGCCUUAUUACAAUGUCUGUCCUGGACCAUUGUCAAAUCACAAAUGGGGUGAGAAAAGUAGUGAAGGUCAAGAGAUUAUUCAGUAGGUGGUAAGGGAAGAAGGUAGUAGUAGCAGUAGCAGAAGUUAGUGUAUAAGAACAGGAUUACUGAAGGAGCUCUACCGGAUUUUGUCAGGCAGGAUUAGUGAUAGUGAAUUACAUUUAUUUCUCUCUCUCCUGUACUCUGUAUGAUGUAUUUAAUUUGAUCUCAGCAUUUCCUAAUUCUCUAGCCAGUGUUUGCUUUUCAUUUUUCAGAGUCUGCUUCCUUUGAGAAACCCUUAUUUAUCUUCACCUAUAGAGGGGAAUUGAAAUAUCUCCAUACUAACAUCCAUAUCCAGAAGAGCAGGGAAGAACUGCAGUAGGCCACUAGUCCAAGCUAGGAAAUACAUGGAAGCAGAAAAGAGGAAAGUUAGAAGAUAUGUCAAGAGAAAAGUAGAGGAAGUGGCAAAAGCCAGGUAGUCACAAGUAUUCUGAAGGUUAGAGCAUUUUACAGUAUGUUAAAAAAGGCAAGAAUCUGCAGAAGCAGUCAGGAUUAAGAUUCAUGCUGUAAAAGUUGUGCAUAAGGACUGACUCAGCAAAACAGUAUCCUUGAAGGUUAGAAAAAGGUGUAGUUUUAGAGCACAAGUAUUAACUGGUCCUCCUCUAAGUCAUAUCAUAAAAGGAGUGGCUAGUUUCACAAAGUAUUGGAGAGAACAAGAGAAGGAAAUGGAGUAGAUACUGGAGCAUCAGUGGCAGUACUAGUAUAAACAUGAUUACUGCAAAAGGUAUUAGCUUGACAAAAAUCAAGUUUGAUAGAGGGUGUUUAAGCUCUUAAAUUAAAUCUUACAAUACUGUUCUCUACCCCUCAAGGGAGGUUCCUUGAUGCUGGUGAGGGGUUCUUGAUCUAGGGAAUUGGAUCUGUGCUCCAGUUCCCUGAAUUAAGCCUGAAUACCUUCCAUUCCCCACCCCCAAGCACUAUACUCUAUGGGUUUAGUGCUUCCCCAUGAUAAUAAUCAUCAGGUCAUCCCUUAUACACAACUUUCCUAACAUGAAUCAUAGUCCUGACUUUGCUUCUGUAGAUGCCUGUGCUGUAUAGCCCUUGUGGCUUAGCACUUCUUUUUGAUUAUAAUAAUGUAGAUGCCUGCCUUUCUCGGUAUAUAUACUGUAAAAUGCUAUCUUCAGAACACUCGUGACUUGACCUGACCUUUGCCACCACCCCUCCUUUCCUCUUAGCCUGUCUUCUGCAUCUUUUUUGUCUUCCCUGUCAUCUAUUUCUUGUUUCCUUAUAUUUCCUGGUUUAGGCCAGUUGGCCUACUAUAGUUCUUUUCUGACCUCUGGAAGACAGGUGUUAAUGUUGAUAUAUUUCAAUUUCCACCACCUUGAAAUAUAAUUCACUAUCACUAGUCUUGCCUGGUGUGGGCCAAUAGAACUGCAGUGCUCCUCUUCUACACUUUUUGUACUACAUUCUGUACUAUUAUAUCUACUGCUAACCCUACUUCACUACUACUAUUUACCAAUUGCUUCUUACCCAGUCUCCUACCACAUGGUCUUUUGGCUUCUACUUUUCUCACCCGAGUUGUGCCUAGAGAACAGUCCAGGACUGACCAAAUCAUAAGGUUCCUCUCUCAAGUGCAGGCUUCUGAUGAAGAGGGGUAUGCACUUUUAUUCACUGGAAGUGCUGUAUAGCCCUUGUGGCUUAGCAUUUUUUUUUAUUUAUAAUAAUAAAUUCACUGGAAGUCAUCAUCAUAAGAGUAGAUUUCACAAUGCCACAGAAAAAAAAAAGUGACAGUUUUAAACACUUGAAUUUGUUUAUUAAUUGAAUGAAAUGUUUGUUAAUGUACAUAGUGUAAAUAUAAAUUGUAAAUAAAAGAAUUUUUCAACAAUACUUUUAUUGUUCAAAAAAGUUUUCACAGACAAUGAAAGACAAGUAUAAAAAAAUAUUUACAUUAUAUUCUAAGCGGGCAUGAAAAUUGUCUCCAGUUUAAAUGGUCAAUUCUUAUUCCAUACAAUGUACGAGUGAACUUCAAAACCAAGCAGCUCACAAUGCUUGUUUAAGAAAGUUCAUAAAAUAAAUACAAAUGUGUUCUACAACUCAAAAAUGACCCAAGAAUUUAAGGAUAAAAAUUAUCCAACAGUACAGGUUGUUUUGGGUCCAAUUAUUCACGUGCAACAAGAGAAUUUGUAAAUACUAUACAUUAAAUUGUUAAGAAACCCAACAGUUUGAUUCAGUAGUGAACUUAUCCACAACAAGUCACAAUUUACACGAACUUUACGAAUGGCAACUGCUACAUAUUAUUGCUUUGAAGACAAUAAAAUAAUAUAAAAAACUGUACAUAUAAAUUAUUGAAAGCAUUGCCUUUACAAAAUGGCAAGUUUUUAUGUGGAAUAUGAAAUAAAUGAGUUUUCAUAAUGGUCCCUCCAUACUAAAGUGCCAUUCUCUGUAUUAUGGCACUUAAUAUACAUAUAGCUCUAGGACUGCUGUAUUAAAUUAUGAGCUGCAGUAUGGAUUGGGAAAAGUAAUUAAGAGAUCAAUACAUAAUCUUAUUAACACUUGGAAGCAUGAUGGACACCCUGGGCCCAAACUUACCCAGCACUUGAGAUCGGUAGUACUUUUAAAAUAUAAAUUAUACUUCCUUUGUACCAGAGAACAAUCAAGAUAAUAUUUACUAAAUCAAGUUUAAAAACUCAAAUGCUGUUCAAGAACUCUGGGCAUGGAUGUGCCAGGUUCACAGAAUAAGAUCAUCUGACUAGAUUAUUAAGGGUGAAACUUCUGUGACAGGGCAAGGAAUUAUGCACUUGAGACUGGUAUUACAUAGCAUUGUCUUCCUUUAUAAUGCAAAGGUACAAGAGUUACAUUACCAGACCAAGAUAAGAGGACUUUCCAUUCCUGUCACAUUAACAAGGCAGUAUAUAUUUUUAAAUGUAUAUAUAAAUGAAUUUAUGUCAUCCUUCCAUACAAUAAACACCCUUAGCAACACAGUAUGAUUCAAUCUGAAAUAGCUGGCUAGAAAUAUAUACAAGAACAAACUUCAAUACCCGUUACUGGUUCAUACUGUUGUGGUGGCUCUUGGAACAUUAAGUAUAGAUGCCAUGUACUUCAUGAUCACAACAGUUAUAUUCUUUACCUUUGUGCUUUUACAUGACCUGGGAGGUGAAUGUGUCAUGUGAAUACUGUCAUGAAUGUAAAUCACUAUAAAACAUACCUGCACUCUAAGUUUAGUUUUUUCAACCUUAAUUUAGCAAAUGACUCAAAACUUUUCAUACCUACUCCAAAACAUUUACUCCAUUAUGAAGAAUAAUGAUUUGUCUAACAAUAAUGACAAAGGUGUUUAAUUUUUUAACAGUUAUUUACCAUUUUUACAUAAGAUGCAAAUGGAAUACUAGAUAUAAAAAAAUUUAACUUCUUUAGAGAACAGUGACAAAUGAAACAUUUUCAUUAAAAAGAUAUGUUAAAGGCUUUGUUAAGACAGGCAGCAUGAUGAUUUUCAUUUAUAGCUUGCUGAUAAUCCUCCUGUCACAUUACUAAUGAUCUUGUGAAAAUUCGAGCAGGGACUAUGUAUUUAUAAUUCUCAUCUUCUAAAAAUGCCACAUACUAACUCCCACAUGGAAACCAUAGGACCAAACCCCUCAAUGCUUCUUAAAAUCAUAAAAAUGAAUGGGGCAAAGUGGGAGAAUGGUGUGGUAAUCAAUAUAGGGAGG